UCAUACAUCAUGAAUAAAUAAAUACAGGUUAAUGGCACUUUUCUACUAUUACGUGGGGUACUUGUACUUUGAACAUUCACCCGAAAUUCCAUGACCCGGAAGUUAGUUUUUAAGUGUUGCUGACGAGACGCUCAUUCUACCAACCACAGUAGCUAGUCUGUUAGCUAGCUAACUUUAAAGCCUGCAAAGACAUGAGCCGCAAAAGGAACCACAGUUUCACCGAAACGAGCCUUUCGCCCGACCCUCAAAACGCAUUCAUGGACACGCCGGGGCCUACGGCGAGAGCCGACGAUGAUUUCUUGGAAUUCGAACCCGACGAGGAGCUACUCUGCUCGGUGAACGACAUCACCGAACACCUUGGAAGAAACAUAACAGUGGUGCUCGAGACAGCAUUGUCCGAAAUCAGGAAAAUUGUCAGCGUCAGGAUACGCGUUCUGAAAAUUGAGCUUCGGGAGAAAACAGACGAAAUUGAAGUCCUUAAAGCAAGGCUGGAGAUACAAAGAGACGGUAGGGACCCGUACCCCGGCGGAAUGACCACCGAGGCAUCAUCUGUAUUCCGAAAAUCAGACUUCCAUUCGGGCAGCAAGCACAGCAACGAGCCCAAGAAAGCCAAACCAGCCAUGCCUGGCGUAAAGAAAGAAAACAUCAAUGCAAUUUGCGAUUAUCUGAUGAAAGAUAAGAAUUCACGGGGGGCUGAAGCGGACAGCGACCCGAGCAAUCCUCCGUCUGGUAGUGACAGGGACAGCCGCCACGACCCCCAGCCGCACUCCCUCAACCUGUGGCCGGACACCAUCCCUGACGCGGGGUCUGGGGAUGAGGAGUCGGACUCGAACACGGAUGACCUAUUCGGCAUACUACCAUCGGGAAGCAAACGGAUCUACGACUACGAAUGGAUGACGGGUGUAGAGUACACGUCGGAUUUGAAAGGUAUGAGGGAGCCUAAAUGUGAGACAAUACCAGACGAAGAAGAGGAAGAGGGUGAUGAGUCAAACGAAAGGGAUGGUGGAUUGGAGCAUCCCUCAGCACCUUUCUCCCGUGACGCCCACACCCCUGACUUUCCCCUGGCCCCCCAGGGCUCUUCGGGAGGGGAGGGGGACGGUUCUGUGGAGGACCAUGUGGAUCGACUAGAACCAGGCCAGCAGUUUCCCUCCCACACAUACCUCUGCCCGCUGUGUGGAACCUUCUGCCCCGACUCCUUGUUCCUGGAGGAACACAUCAAACUGAUACACGGCAACACCACCGGCACCCACAGCGCCCUGCAGUCCACCUCCACCGCACUCCUCACCCUGGGGGAGGGUAGCAGUAACUCCAAGCGGGGGUUGGGGGUGCUGGAAGGUGGGAGCAUGGCGGCUGCGUCCGGGGGGAUGAGCCUGGCAAGAGGAGGAGGCGGGGGAGGUACGAGGGAGAAGAAAGUGGAAGGGGGCUACGAGUGCGGCGACUGUGGCCGCCAUUUCAACUACUUGGGCAACCUGCGGCAGCACCAGCGCAUCCAUACAGGGGAAAAGCCCUUCAUAUGCCCCGAGUGUGGGGAGAGAUUCCGGCACGCUGCCCGAUUGAAGAGUCACCGGCUGGGGCACAAUGGCGGGCAGAGCCCCUUCCCGUGCCCCCAGUGUGGGAAAGGCUUCCCGGUGCUCUCCGGCUUAAAGAGGCACCAGCGGGUGCAUACAGGGGAGAGCCCCUACGCGUGCCAGCAGUGUGGGCGGCGCUUCAAGGAGCUUGGUAACCUUUAUACCCACCAGAGGAUCCAUAGUGGUGCCACACCCUAUUGUUGCCAGCAAUGUGGGAGGAGCUUCCGUCACCUGGGCACCUACAAGAGCCACCGCUGCACCCCAAUACAGUGACAGUGACACUUGUUACCUUGGAGCUAGGCUGGCCUACUGCUAAGUGUAGCCUAGCCAUCGCAGGAGCCUAUUGAUUGAUAUGCUGUUGAGUAGACUGAGGCAGGAACAUUGUCUGUCUAAAGACAAGCACCAUACAGACUCAAAAGGGAGGGUGCCAUGAUGGGAAAGGUCAAAGUGCAUCAUGAUAAAGAGAUGAAAGCAUGCCCCUGUUCCAAUACUUCAGAAACACAUCCCUCCUUCCCAGUUCGGUGAAAUAAUCCAUGACUUAUUCAACAUUAUAAACUAGGUGGUUCGAGCCCUGAAUGCUGAUUGGCUGACAACCGUGGUAUAUCAGACCGUAUACUGCUCUAAUUACAUUGGUAACAAUAAUAGCAAUAAGGUACCUCGGGCCUUGUUGCUUAAUGAUGGUAUAGGUGAAAGCAAUAUGUUUCGCCAACCCCGAGUGGCACAGCGGUCUAAGGCACUGCAUCUUGGUGCUAUAGGCG